UAGUUUCUCAUUUAACUGAUACACAUUUACAUUGACAAAUCCAAAUUUUAUUGGGAAAAUUAAACUUCUACUGUAAAAAUUAAGAGUUUAGAUCAACUACAUACUUCAGGUCAAAUAAAAAAUAUCUAAAUAAAACCACAAAGAGGAAGUGGGAGAGAAAUUUUCGGACGAGUACCAACUUCCCUAUUUAAAAGCCUAGCUUAGAAUGAUUGUCAUCAGACCCCGUACCUGAAGGUCCCACCAGACGCCGUCUCCGCCAGACCAGCAGCAGCCUCAUCUUCCCCAUGGCCUUCGUGCUCUCUCUACUGAUGGCCCUGGUGCUGGUCAGCUACAGCCCGGGAGGGUCCCUGGGCUGUGACCUGUCUCAGAACCAUGUGCUGCUUGGCAGGCAGAACCUCAAGCUCCUGGGCCAAAUGACGAGACUCUCCCCUCGCUUCUGUCUGCAGGACAGAAAAGACUUCGGUCUUCCCCAGGAGAUGGUGGAGGGCGGCCAGCUUCAGAAGGACCAGGCCAUCUCUGUGCUCCACGAGAUGCUCCAGCAAUGCUUCAACCUCUUCCACACAGAGCGCUCCUCUGCUGCCUGGGACACCACCCUCCUGGAGCAGCUCCGCACUGGACUCCAUCAGCAGCUGGACGACCUGGAUGCCUGCCUGGGGCAGGUGAUGGGAAAGGAAGACUCUGACCUGAGAAGGAUGGGCCCCACUCUGACCGUGAAGAAGUACUUCCAGGGAAUCCACGUCUACCUGCAAGAGAAGGAAUAUAGCGACUGCGCCUGGGAAAUCGUCCAAGUGGAGAUGAUGAGAGCUCUCUCUUCAAUAUCCAGGUUGCAAAAAAGGUUAAGAAAGAUGGGUGGAAAUCUGAACUCACCUUGAGAUGACUCUCACCGACUAAGAUGCCACAUCACCCUCAUACACUCACCUGUGUUCAUUUCAGAAGACUCUGAUUUCUGCUUUAGCCACCAAAUGUAUUGAAUUACUUUAGCCGAUACUUUGUCAGCAGGAAUAAGCAAGUAGAUAUAAAAGUAUUCAGCUGUAGGGGCAUGAGUCCUUAAGUGAUGCCUGCCCUGAUGUUAUCUGUUGUUGGUUUAUUUAUUCCUUCUUGCAUCUAACAUACGUAAAAUAUUAGGAAAUUUGUAAAGUUACAUGUCAUCUGUACAUCAUAUUAAAAUUUCUAAAACAUGUUUACAAUUUCAUGUUAAUAAAUUUGUACUUUGUUUUAUUUAUUAAGUCAAAGAAAAUGAGUUUCUCUACUCAAAAAUGAAAAUCCACACCCCCAUUUUAAAACUUUAUUAUAGAA